AUGCGUUCGUCGAGUUCUAAUGAACACCAAUGCCUGUUCUGCGGGAAAACGGAGGCUCAAUCCACGGACAUCGAUUGGGUGCAAUGCUCUGCGUGUAUGUUUUGGGCUCAUUUUUCUUGUGCUGGUGUUGACCAGGAAAUAGCCAAAACGGAUUGGCAUUGCCCGCAGUGUGUGCGGCCUGAUGUACAGCAGUUAAGAGUUCCGCAGCCUUCUUCAAAAAGGCGGGCCAAGAAAUCCGGCGCAAAAAGUGAUGCAGGGUCUGACCAAGGAGCUGGUUCCGCCAAGGAUCCGUCUGAGCAGCAGUCGGAAGAGGAACAGCUGAUGAGAGAGACCUUUGCAAAGCAAAUGGAGGCGCGGAAAGCGCAGCUCGCCAGGAAGAAGGCCCUAUUGGAACUGCAAAUGCAGCAAGAGUGGGAGAUGCGUGAGCAGGAGCUCCAGUUCCAGCGUGAGAUGGAGGAGUUACAACUGGAACAGGAACGGAAAGUGCUGGACCAGCAACUUGCCGCAGAAAAAGAGUUCCUGCGUAAGAGGAAUGCUAUUCGAAGAGAGAUAGACGAUAGCAUUCAGAGGGUACACGCGCUAAAGGAUGACGCAGCUGAUGUUGCGGGCGCAGUCGGUGGUGUUCCGGACGAGAAAUCGAAGCAGAAGGUGACAACAUGGCUGCAGGAGAAAGUGACUACCGAGUCAAUGGUAGGUAAAAGUCGGGGUGCUACUCCAAAAGCAGGACUGCGGCGUAACCUAACGGAGGUUCCACAGUCAGAAAAGCAGGGUACAGAAGGCAGCGAGGUAGAUAGUGAUGGGAGUGCAUGCAGUGCUGUAUCCGAAAAGAAUGUGAAAAAUAGUGUACAUGGCAGUAUUCGUACCACGAUAGAUGGGCCGGGGCGAAAUGUAGGUCGAAUCUCAAGAGAUCAGUUGGCCGCUCGGAAGGCGGUAUCGCAUAGUCUUCCUAAGUUCAGGGGGGAACCAGAAGUUUGGCCCCUGUUUAUUAGUAGUUAUGUGUAUACGACAGAGGCUUGCGGAUUUUCUAAUCUAGAGAAUCUGAAGCGGUUACAGGACUGCUUGAUGGGCGAUGCGCUCGAAGCAGUUAGGAGUCGGCUGGUGAUGCCAGACUCUGUUCCGGACGUGAUUCAAGAUCUUCGAAAUCUGUUCGGAAAGCCGGAGAAGUUGCUCAAGACUUUGUUGGGAAAGGUAAAGAAUGCACCAUCACCAAGAGCAGACCGUUUGGAAACGUUCUUCCAGUUCGGGAUUACGGUCAAGCAAUUGUGCGACCAUCUCGAAGCCGCCGGUCUACAAGACCAUUUGAAUAAUCCGAUGCUAGUGCAGGAGUUAGUUGACAAGCUACCUUCAACUUACAAGCUCGAUUGGGUACGGUAUAAGCGCAACAAGGUAGAGAGUCCGUUGCGAAUGUUUACAAACUUCAUAAACGAAAUUGUGUCCGAUGUGUCGGAGGUGGAGGAGUUUACCGGGUUGUCGAUCAGCGAAUAUAGUCGUUCUGGGAGAGGAAACCCUAAAAAGAGGGAGUUUGUGUUGGUUCACGAAUCAGAGCAGAAGCGGAACGAUGGAUUUCGAAGCGAGUCGAGCAGCAAGGCGUGCUGGAUAUGUAAGCGGUCGGGCCAUCUCAUGAAGUUCUGUGACCAGUUCAGGAGAAUGAAUAUUGCGGAGCGGUUGAGCGAGGUUGAGAAGCAGAAUUUGUGCGAACGCUGUCUUCAGAAACAUGGUAACGGACGUUGCGUGUCAAGGAUGCGAUGCACGGUGCGGAACUGUCAGGGAAACCAUCAUCCUCUGUUACACCGGGUGGAGGAGUCGAUACAGUUGCAGAAGGCAGAGAAUGGUAUGCUCAACGGUGAGGGAUGUUCGAUAAUUUUUCGUAUGAUGCAGGUGACGCUUUAUGUGGGAAAUCGACAGUUGGAUACUGUAGCGUUUCUCGACGAAGGGUCCUCGGCUACAUUGGUGGACGAUUCAGUUGCUAGCCUGCUGAAAGCAGAAGGUAUGCUAGAGCCUCUAAUCGUCACGUGGACCAGUAACAUCAACCGCAUCGAAAAUCAUUCUAGAAAAGUGGAAUUGAUGAUUUCCGCGAGAGGGUCGAAGGAAAAGUUUCCUUUGUUUAACACCAGGACAGUGUCGGAGUUGCAGUUACCAAAACAACACGUACGCUUCGCUGAUGUUGUAAAGCGCUACAAGCAUUUGGCGGGAAUUCCCGUAGAAGACGAUCCUCAAUCGUUGCCCACAAUUCUUGUCGGUUUGGACAAUUUGUACUUGUUUGCACCACUAGAGUCUCGAGUCGGCAAGCCUAGUGAGCCGAUCGCAGUUCGAUCCAGACUGGGAUGGACAAUCUAUGGGUCGGUCAAGCGUAAACCGUGUAUUCACACCUACCUGAAUCUGCAUUCGGUAAAAACUGUCAGCAAUCAGAGGCUGCAUGACAUGAUUCGGGAUCAGUACAUGAUGGAAGAGACAGCGGUUACAUUAUUCACUCCACCGGAACCAGCUCAUGAGAAGCGUGCUCGUGAAAUCCUCGAGGCAACGACGAAAAGAGUGGGAGAUCGGUUCGAAACGGGCUUACUGUGGAAAGAAGAUACGCGCCGGUUUCCCGAUAGCUUUCCGAUGGCCGUUCGGAGGAUGAGAGCACUUCAGCGGAAAUUGGAAAAAGAUCCAGCAUUGGAUCAGAAUGUGAAAAACCAAAUCGAGGAAUAUCAAGCCAAGGGCUACGCGCAUAAGAUUACUGCUGCAGAACUGGUGGAGACAGCGAGUUCGACUGUAUGGUACUUGCCAAUGAACGUGGUGGUGAACCCAAGGAAACCCAGUAAAGUACGCCUAGUGUGGGACGCUGCUGCUUCGGUGGGUGGAAUAUCGUUGAAUUCGGAAUUGUUAAAGGGGCCAGACAUGCUAGUGCCUCUUCCGAAAGUUGUCUGUGGGUUUCGGGAAGGUCCAGUCGCAUUUGGGGGAGACAUCCAGGAGAUGUAUCACCAGAUCAAGAUAGUAGCUAAGGAUAAGCAAGCGCUUCGAUUCCUAUUUGGAACCGACCCAACGGGUGCACCGCAAACGUACGUGAUGGACGUGGCAACAUUUGGCGCUACAUGUUCACCAUGUUCGGCGCAGUUUGUUAAGAAUCUGAACGCGCAGCAGUUUGCGACGGAGUUUCCGGAAGCAGCAGCAGCGAUUUUGAAUAAGCAUUAUGUGGACGACUAUUAUGACAGUGCAGACACUAUCGACGAAGCGAUCCGUAGAGCCAAUGAAGUGAAACACAUUCACGCACGAGGCGGAUUCCACAUACGAAACUGGGUGUCGAAUUCGAAGAAAUUUUUGGAGGAACUCGGUGAACGUAACGUUAGCGCAACAGUGCAUUUCUCUCGAGACAAGGGUACGGAGUAUGAACGUGUACUGGGCAUAGUUUGGGAGCCGGUGGAAGAUAUUUUUUGUUUCGCUACAGUGUCCAAAAAGGAGUUUCUGGAAAUGGUCGAUGGUCGGGAAUAUCCGACAAAGCGCACGGUUCUCAGUUUCGUGAUGGCUCAGUUCGAUCCAAUGGGUUUCCUCGCACCAAUCACGGUUUGCGGUAAGAUGCUGAUACAAGAUCUUUGGAGAACAGGCUGUGACUGGGAUACCAAGAUUGAUACAGUGUCGUUCCAGAAGUGGUUGCGCUUGAUGCAGAUGAUGCGUAGUAUUGGGUCGUUUAAGUUACCACGAAGUUAUUUCGGUAGUGCCAAGUCAGAUGAGGUAACGGAUCUACAGUUACAUAUAUUUGCCGACGCGAGCGAGACAGCGUACGGCUGUGUGGCGUAUUUUCGGGCGGUAGUUAGAGGUGAAGUAAUGUGUACACUGGUAAUGAGCCGCUCAAAGGUGGCUCCGCUGAAGCAGAUCUCAAUUCCGCGUCUAGAACUGUUGGCCGCGGUUUUGGGAGCAAGACUGUCGCGGACAGUGGUUGAAAACCACAACCUCAAGAUUGAGAAGGUGGUGUAUUGGAUCGAUGCAAGUGUAGUGCUAUCGUGGAUUCGGUCGGACCAGCGCAGAUACAAACAGUUCGUCGGAUUCCGAAUCGGCGAACUACUUAGUCUGACGAAGAUAUCCGAUUGGCGUUGGGUGCCCACAAGACUGAACGUAGCGGACCAGCUCACUAAGUGGGGCAAAGAUCCGGAAAUGCAUCCAGAUAGCGCGUGGGUUCGAGGACCUGCAUUUCUAUAUAAGACGAGUGAAGAGUGGCCAAAAAGGGUCCUUCCACCAGCAAACACGACGGAAGAGCUACGGGUUCAUCUGUUGUUACACGAUGUAAGAGUAGUGGACGAUAUCGUGGACACAAAUCGUUUCUCCAAGUGGACCGUACUAGUUCGAACGGUCGCGUGCGUAUUCCGUUUCGUGUCGAACUGUAAACGUAAGGUUCAAGGGCUUCCGGUCGAAACGCUGCGAGCAACAGCUAGGCAGAUAAAGGUGCUGAAAGCGAGUUUGUCGGUUCGGGUGCCGCUGCAGCAGAACGAGUAUGCGAAUGCGGAGGUGUUCCUUAUGAAGAUGGCGCAGGCGGAUAGUUUCGUCGACGAAUUGAAGGUAUUGUCAAGAAAUAAGGAUCGACCAGCAAGUCAGUGGAUGGCAAUAGAAAAGACUAGUCCGCUGUACAAGCUUACACCGUUAAUCGAUGAAAGAGGGUUGAUUCGGAUGGAAGGCCGAGUCGAACGUGCGGAUUUUUUGCCGUUCAAUUUGCGGUUUCCGGUGAUUUUGCCCAGCGACCACCGAAUAACCAGACUUAUAGUUCAACACUACCAUGAGAAGAGCGGACACGGUUACCGCCAAGCGGUGAAGAAUGAGCUGAAGCAGCUGUAUUACAUUCCGCACGUGGAUGCGGUAGUUCGGAAGGUGUCGUCGUUAUGUAUAUGGUGCAGGGUUAAUCGUAAUCGUCCCCAGGUUCCCCGUAUGGCUCCGCUGCCGGUGCAGAGAUUAACACCGAAUCUUCGUCCGUUCAGCUACGUCGGUGUCGAUUACCUGGGACCAAUCGAGGUGACCGUGUUACGUAGGAAGGAAAAACGGUGGAUAGCGCUGUUUACCUGUUUAGUGACACGUUCGGUGCAUUUGGAAGUGUCACACGGACUUACGACUCAGUCGUGCUUGAUGGCUAUUCAUCGAUUCAUCGGUCGGCGAGGCUGGCCGGCUGAGUUCUUUUCGGACAACGGAACUAAUCUACGGGGAGCCAGCAAAGAGAUAGUGGAAACCGUGAGAAGUAUCGGAGACGAGUGCGCUGAUCAAAUCACCAAUGCGAAGACGAAGUGGAGUUUCAAUCCUCCCGCUGCGCCUCACAUGGGAGGGGUUUGGGAGCGCCUUGUGCGCUCAGUGAAAGAAACGCUUACGACGCUCAACGACGGAAGGCGGUUAACGGAUGAAGUUCUAGGCACAACAAUUGUCAAUGUGGAGGACAUAAUAAACUCACGCCCUCUCACGUACGUCUCUCAGGAAUCCAGUGAAGCAGAGGCGCUUACUCCAAACCAUUUUUUGAGGGGUGCUUCGCCAAACCUGCCGUGUGCUACAUUUCCCCCGACAAAUCCAGCAGAAGCCCUUCGGGACGCUUUUCAACGUUCCCAGCAGCUGACGGAUAUGAUGUGGAGACGCUGGAUAAAGGAGUAUGUUCCAUCGUUGAAUCAGAGGACAAAAUGGUUUGGGGAAACUCAUCCGUUGCGAGCAGGAGAUUUGGUGUAUGUGGUGGACGGGAAUAACCGGAAAUGUUGGAUUCGUGGUGUCGUGGAGGAACCCAUUGUGUCGGGUGAUGGAAGGAUCCGACAAGCAUGGGUACGUACGAAAAACGGACGUUUCAAACGGGCGACAGCAAGACUAGCCGUGAUGGAGAUUUCGGAGGGUAACUCUGAUCCGGAUUGGACUUCCGGCGCAGGGUUACGGGCCGGGGAAUGUUCUGGCCACACUGGUGAGGUUGACAGAAGAAGAUAA